AGACCUCCUGGUUUUAAAGCUUUUUGACUGAAAACAAAACAAAACAAAAAAGUUUUGGUUAUCGUUCAGACUGUGGACGUGUUUUCAGCCAGUUCUGUCUUUAAUACAACUCGAGUCACGGAGCAAUUAGAACCGCACUGCUACUGUAACGGUGGAGGUAACUUUUUUUUUUUUUUUUUCACAGCUCUAACAUUACACACUUGUUCGAAUAUCAAAUGCUGUUGUACAGUCUAAUAGAGGGCGAUUUUACUGUUCAGUUUCAGCUAAAACUAAUAUUUGCAGACAAAAAUAAAUUAUGUACUACAUAUAUCGAUCAAAAGAUUAAUUGGUGACAGAAACAAUUGCCAAUACUACUAGUUGCUGCGUCUUUACCGGAAGCUGUGUACGACUGCUGUCUCUCGCAGUUUUGUGUGUUUCCUGUUUACGGGCGGGAAGAGCGAACCUGAACCCUCACUAUCUGCUCUUACUCUAUGGUUUCUGCUGUCCAGUUUCAGUGAUCCUGUCUCUUUAAAUCCUGGAGCGCUGCUACAGUACACAUAUCGUUAACGUGUUUUCUUGGACAUUUAGAUAUUUCUGCUCAACCUCUGCAGCUAAAGUUUAAAGUGAUUAGGGUGCAAGACAGAUGGAGGACCCGGCGGACUCUGGUGGCGGCGGCGGCGGCACCGCAGCUCCUGCGGGCCCCUCGAUGCUGGUGACGGAGAUCCACUGUUCUGCGGGGGCUCGUCCCUUGCGGCUGCUGGAAUGGAAGGUAAAGCCCGGCUCGCAUGUGAACAUCGACUCGGUUCUAGCGGUGUGUAUCCCCAUCCCGGUGGAGAGACAGGCCGGAGAAGAGCCCCGGGACCCGCCGAGUGGGCAGGCUGAGAAGAAGCUGAAGUCGGACCGGGCCGGAGUUGUGAGAGAGCUGUGCUGUCAGCCUGGACAGGUCAUCUCUCCGGGGGGUAUAUUAGUUCGAAUUGAAGAAUGCACCCAUCCGGUUGUCAUGAAAGGCCUCUGUGCAGAAUGUGGCCAGGAUCUCACACAAUUGCAAACCACCAUAUCCACAGCCAACGUGUCCAUGGUCCACAGUGUCCCGGAGCUUAUGGUCAGCUCAGAGCAAGCUGAGCAGUUGGGGCGAGAAGACCAACACCGGCUAUACAGAAACAGGAAACUUGUGCUGAUGGUAGAUUUGGACCAGACUUUGAUCCAUACUACUGAGCAACACUGCAAGCAAAUGUCCAACAAGGGAAUCUUUCACUUCCAGCUUGGCCGGGGAGAGCCCAUGCUCCACACCCGGCUACGUCCCCACUGCAAAGAUUUCCUUGAGAAGGUUGCCAAACUGUACGAGUUGCACGUGUUUACCUUUGGUAGCAGGUUGUAUGCACACACCAUAGCAGGAUUUUUAGAUCCAGAAAAGAAGCUCUUCUCGCAUCGAAUUCUGUCGAGAGAUGAAUGUAUUGAUCCUUUCUCUAAAACAGGGAACCUCAGAAAUCUCUUUCCAUGUGGCGACUCAAUGGUUUGUAUCAUUGAUGACAGAGAAGAUGUGUGGAAGUUUGCACGAAACCUCAUAACAGUAAAGAAAUACGUCUAUUUUCAAGGGACGGGGGAUAUCAAUGCACCACCUGGGUCUAAGGAAGCUCAGAUGAGGAAGAAAGCAAACAAUGUGAAUAAGCCUAAUGAGGUAUCAGACCCAGCAUCAUCUGCCCAGAAGGAGUCAGAGGAAGUAAAGGUCUCUGCUGUGGAGGAAAAGAACAAUGGCCUCAGGAAACGCAGCAAGGAGCGAAACAGCAACAGAAACACGCUUGCAGAUGACACUUCCUCAAAAAGUGAUGCUGCAAAUUCUCAGGACAAAGCUAAUGAAAGGAUACACUCAGGAGGGGAGUACAAUAGUAUAGCGGACACUUCUGGGGUAAACAACUCCAGCUCCACUGAGCAGGACAGUGGUAGGACAAUUCCAGAUAAGCGUUCGGUCAAAAGCAGUGGCGACAGUGUUGCAAACGACUUUGACUUUGACCUGUCCAGUGACAGCGAAAGUGAAUAUGAUUCAGGGGCAGGGAAAGCCUCUUCCUCCAACAGCGAUAGUGAAGGGAAAAAUAGCUGUAAAAGAGCAAAGAAAUCUGAGCCUAUGCCACCAGAGCAGGAGAAGAGCAAGAUCAAAGCGGUCGGGGAGAACCAUUCCGGGGAGAAGCAGGUUGAUCCCGAGGACCAGGGUUGUGACAUUAAGCUAGACAAUGAGCAGGAUAGCCCAGGGGGUUUGGGCAACGGUUGUAGAGAAAAAAAAGAGGCAGAGACAGAGUCCCAGAACAGUGAGCAGUCUGGGGUGACUAUGGGGGAGUCUCUGGACCAAAGCAUGGAGGAGGAGGAAGAGGAAGAAGAUCUAGAUAGGGACGACCAUUUGAUAUACCUGGAAGAAGUCCUGACCCGCAUACACAUGGAGUACUAUGCCAGGUAUGACAAUUACCUAAAGAAGGAGCUACCCGAGGCACCUGACAUCCGCAAUAUCGUCCCUGAGCUGAAGGGCAAGGGCCUGGCAGGGACAAUAAUUGUUUUCAGUGGACUGUACCCCACCAGCUACCCCAUGGAGAGAACACGGGAGUACUAUCACGCAGUUGCCCUUGGAGCGAAGGUCAGCAAACACCUAGUACUUAAUGCUAAAGAUCCCAACAGGACAACACACUUGAUCGCUGCUCGACCUGGUACAGAGAAAGUAAGACAAGCCCAGGGCUGUAAACACCUGCACAUUGUCAACCCAGACUGGUUGUGGGGGUGUCUGGAGCGGUGGGAGAGAGUGGAAGAGCAGCUUUUUCCUUUGAAGGAUGACUACAUCAAAACACAAAGAAUCAACAGUCCUGCCACAUUUCCUGACAUCGAAAGUGCAUUUCAGACGCCAUUGUUCCACCCAACUCCCAUCCACCCAAAGGUACAGGCUGGCCCGGAGGUUCGAAUCUACGACCCUGUAACUGGGAAACUGAUCAGGAAGGGUUCCCAGAGCUCCAGGCAGUCUCCAUACAUCCAGUCGCCAGCUCCCCCAAUUACACUGCCAGUGCACGGAGAGCAAUCGUCCUUCAGGGUGGUGCAGCCCCACCAGCACUUGGGUAAGGAGGAGCUUCAGUGUUCGAGCCAGGAUGAUGAGCAGCCAGGCCCCUCGCGGAGGGUACGACAGCCGAGCAUGUCGGAGUCGAUGCCCCUGUACACCCUGUGCAAGGAAGACCUGGAGAGCAUGGACAAGGAGGUGGAUGACAUCUUGGGGGAAGAGAGUGAUAAUGAAAGUGAAGAAAAGAUGGAAGAGGAGGAAGCAGGAAAGAAUCUACCAGAGGGACAAAAUCCUGAAACCCUCGUGAUAACAGUAGAGGAAAAGCCUACAACGUCAUCGAGCAAGGUGGGGAACUCAACAGACAGCACCCCCAGGGGCCAUAAACGCAAAUUAGAGGAGGCUGGGGACAGAGAUGGGAAUUCCAGUGGUGAAUCGAGCAAGGAGUCGAGUAAUGAAGACGAAGAGGGCAGCAGCUCUGAGGCAGACGAAAUGGCCGCAGCACUUGAAGCCGAACUCAAUGACUUCAUAUAAUGCCAGCAAAAAUAAACAAAUCUUGGAUCACAAAAUCCAAUUGCAGCGCCCUGCGUGAAUAGGAAGUCGACAGUGUGUGUGAGCGAGAGAGUGUGUUUGUGAUGGUGUAUAGUUCCACUGCUAGAUAACAGAGCGUUACUUUUUUUUUUUUUUUUUUUUUUUAAAGAAAGUUUAAAAAAUAAAUAAAUAAGCAAAUGUGUUUUUUAAAUGUUUUAUUGUGAAAUAAGAGAAAGAAAACUUAUUUGUUUUUCUUUUUUUUUUUUUUGCUUUAAGUAAAAAAAAAAAAAGAUAGAUCAGCUAUGCCAAAGAGUUUAAACUGGGACUUCUGUGCCCUUCCAAGUUUCCUAUUCCCUGUUUAUUUUUCUGAUCCGUUUACAUAGUAACUUCAGCAUUGUUUUGUUUAUGCUACUGUUUUCAGGGGUUUGGAUUAAAGAUUUAAACCAAUGAAUUUUUAAGUAUUUACAGGCCUGGUUAAAAAAAGGAACAAUUGUCAGCCUGAGCACUUUGGUCUGAAUUUAGUUUGUCAACCUUAAACAAAUGAAUAAAUACAAUGAAUUAACAUAGAUUGUUAAGUAAAAAUAAAAAUUAUAGAGACUGCUGACUGGAUUUGCAGGAUGCCUCUUCUAUCUUGUAUUACUUACCUGAAUCAAUAUUUUCAUGGUUUUAAUAGCUACUAUAUUUUCAAAAUAGGGUCUUUAGAAAAGAGCAGCGUUUAGAUUUUAACUACUUUCUCUGUAAUGUGGGAUUUUCAGCAUAGAAUACUGUGCGGUCCUAACUGCCAUAAUGUGUUUUUUCAUCCAUUUGUUAUCUCAAGAAAAACAAAAAUUAAACGAAAUGCUAGUUUUAGAGUUUUUCUUUUGUUGUUGUUUUGUUUUGGUUUGAAUGGGGUAUUGAUGUAAAGUUUUUGUACAUUCUAUUUCAUAUUUGACCUGCAGGAAUAAUUCUUUUCAUUUAAUAAAGAUUCAUUUUUUAA